AUGGAGGAUCGACCAACCCCUAGACCGGGAAACGUCCAGCGUGCCGAGUGGCGCCGCAAGUGUCGGCAGGUCUUAGCAGAUCACCUGCGGGCUAAACUCGGCAUAAGCAUCGAACCAAACCAAGUCCGCCUUGUGCCAGACCUCCAGGAUGGAUACAGAUGGGUGCGACAGCCGGAGAGGGAACAUCUUUUUAUGAAACAGUUAAGUAAACAUUCUAUCGGCGCGUAUAUGGAGCUCUGUCGGGAAAUCAAUAUUUCUAUUGAAGCUGUAGCAUGGAUAGAACCGACGAUUGAGGAAUCAAAACUAUCUACUUCAGGAGUCGGCGACGUUUUACAAUUAGACCAUCUCCGGUCAGAUAACGUGAGGCUAGCUGAGGCACUCUCUCUCAGUGAGGAUAAGAUCCGUGCUGAAAUCGAGGCACGGCAGCAAGCUGAAGAGAAAUGGCGCUCAGAUAAAGAAGUAAAGAAAGCAUUGACUGUGCUCCAUAGAUUAGGCCCUCAGGGUCAUGGGGUUGUAGGAGAAUAA